AUGAUUCGCCAACUCGCUUUUGGAAUUGUCGCCGUGGUGUGCUGCGUUUACGCGAUGCCCGUCGACGUGAACCUCGCCGAUUGCCCGCCGCCGAAUGGAACCGACAAGGUCAUGCACUGGUGGCAAUGCAGCAACGGGCCAGUUCAGGCGCUCGAUGUGCAGCCAUACGAUCAGACCGGCACCAACUACGAAUACCCAAUUCAUUUGGGAACACCGAUGAUCAUGAAGGUCAAAAUCAGCAAUCCAUCGGCCACCUACACCUCGCCGAAUCUCCUGAAAACCGUCAACAUCUGGAAGUACGGUGGAUGGGGAGGAUGCAGUUGGUCGUCGGUGCCAACGUUCGGCCUUCUCAAGAACGUUGACGCGUGCUCAAACGGAGUUCCGUGCCCGAUCGUUCCAAAUCAGCAGGAAGUCGAUGUGACACUCGACUUCACCCAAUUCGGACAGAUCAUCUCGCUGCUCAAGGACAACCAGCCAUACCAGUUGGAGUACCUGUUGCACGAUAAGGCCAGCGGAGACAACUUCUGCAUCACCGCUCAGGCGUGGGCUUUCAUUAAAUAA